ACCAUAAAUUGAUUAUUUAAAAGUUUGAUAUAUAUACACAGUAUGUAUAAACCAAUCUAGAAAAAUUGUAGAGAAAAAUACAGAACAUACUUCAUGCGAGUUUGUAUAUUAGAGUGUGGAUAUUAUUGUUUGCAAAUGGAUUACAUUGCUGCUCUAAAGGUGCCACAGCGUUAUGCACAGCUUUACAGAAAGCAUCUGUUAGAGAAGGGUGCUUUAGACCCAGAGUACUGUGUACAAAAGCACUUAGAUGGAACAGUGACUCUCCCAGUCUCCCCAUCUGCUGUGUCUCACCUGGAUCCUCUCACACUGCAGAGCUCUGUGGCUCCGGACAGCUCCUGUGAAAUAGUUCAAAUACAGGCUCCUCAGCCGUCGAGAAAAGGUAAAGUGAAGCCUCGUAGGGAGAGAAUGAUUGAGGUUGUGCAGGAACUGGUGGCUACUAAAGGAGUGAAAUGGAGUAAGGAACUUGAAAAUGACAUGCCCAGUGGAUGGCAGCAGCAUGGAGAUCUGCUUCUGUUUGGUGAUGGAUGCUUUUCACAAGCAAUCUGGAGACAAUUUGGCUCUGAGUUCUGGCUGGCUGUUGCCCAAGUGCUGGGAGUGAAGCGUCUAGCACAAAUAAAACAGAUUUCCCAGGAUGGGUGGCGAACACCAGUGGUAACGAUGUUAUUAGGAGACAACAGCUAUGUAACUCACAUUGAUAACCACAUCAGGUAUGAGUUUGACGUCACCAAGUGCAUGUUCUCCUUCGGAAACAUCACAGAGAAAUUGCGAAUAUCCUCCUUUGACUGCACUGGGGAGACGGUGGUUGACCUGUAUGCAGGAAUUGGCUACUUCACCUUGCCAUAUCUGGUCCAUGCCGGUGCUGCCCAUGUGCAUGCAUGUGAAUGGAACCCAGAUGCAGUUUCAGCACUGCAAAGAAACCUGCACAUUAAUAAAGUAGUGCAUCGUUGUACUGUGCAUCAAGGAGACAACCAACAACUGUCACUGCAUGACCUAGCUGACCGAGUGAAUCUAGGUCUGAUACCAAGUUCUGAAGAGGGCUGGCCUGUGGCAUGCCGUCUCCUGCGGAGGGACACCGGUGGAAUAUUACAUAUCCACAACAAUGUCACCACACCAAUUCAGCAUCAGAAUCUUCAGCCAUCUUCCAAGUCAUCGAACGAGGGAGAGGGACCAGUAAACAGAUCUCUAAAAAUUUCUAGAGACAGAGAAGUGUGGAAUAACUGGGCCAAAAACACAGCAAGCCACAUCACCACACUUCUAAGAGACAUCACUAGAGCUGAGUGGAGGACCAGCAUUAAGCAUAUAGAGCAUGUGAAGUCCUAUGCACCACACAUAAAUCACAUAGUAUUGGAUUUGGAGUGUAGACCCGUCAAAUAAAUUGUCUUCUUUUUGCAUGCAACUAACUUUUUCUUUUUUUUUUUAAUGAAAUGAAUUUUAAAAAGUUCAGACUUUGCUUAGCACCAUCAUGUACCACAGAAUGCAAGCUAGUCACCAGUAAUAUAAUAGUAUUACAGUGGCUGUGUCUCCUAGAACACUCAUUUGAAUUUUCCAAUGAGCAGUGAAAUAACAAGCUACUCUAUGUGUGUGUUGUGUGUGCAGUGUUUUAGCAUUCUUGCACAUAGUUAUUAUUUUAUAGUAUACAAGUCGUUUAAUUAAAAUAUCGUCUUUUAA